AUGUCGGGCCCGCAGCAGCCUCCGCCCAUCGCUACCCAAGGCACCUUCUUCGCCAACAGCAGCAUGCACACGCCAUUGACUCCGGACUAUGACGACGUCGAAUCGCCGUCGCUGACAUCUGGAAAUGCCCUCGCCCGCUUUGAAUUCGAGAAACCUGCUGGCGACAAGAGGAGCGGGACAAAGAUCUUGAUGGUCGAAUGGGAGGACGACGAACAAACCAAACACAUCCCAGGUCAAUGGACUGUUAGCUGGGAGGGCAAGAAGGCUGCCGUGCUCAAUGCCAAUGCCACGGAUGGCUCACGGGAAGGCUUGCACCGUCUGUACUUCCUGCUGUCGGUGGUUGAGCGCGUGCCAGGUACCGUUACCUUGACGCUACAGUCGGAGCAUCAGGGGGAGGAGAAGAUUGUCUGGCGCACGCAUCCGUUACCCGCCAUCUUCCCUCCUGAACUAGGUGCCUCGGCUCGCCAGGCUGGCAAGAAGGGUGUGCUACACACGGUAUGGGCAAAGAAGCGUUUGCAGGUACUCAAGCAGGAGAUCCAACACGAAGAACAGUACAGCCCUGAGGGCGUCGCUCUGUCCAUGGCCAUGCAAGAGCGCGACUGGAUCGAGUCCAACUUCGGCGUACGCACAAAGCCACACGGCCUGAAGAUUGCAACUACAACCCCGUCCGACACGUUGAACCUCGGACUACCUAGCCCAGCCAGCCCGCGCAGUCCCGGUCGAGGUCCUUUACUAGAGAAGCUCAAGGGACUCAAGCUCGACACCGAAGCCUCCAAGCACGACUCCAACCCUUUAAGUCCCGAAGGCUCAGAUGUCGCCGUCAACUUCAACACCUUCGCCGCGCUACACGGUCUACCUGACCCAAGCACGCUUUCUGCAAAAUCUGCCCAACAUCCGUCCGAGUCAGGAACAACGACACCUCAACCACAACGAAGAAUAGCAUCACAACUACCACCGGAGUCGAUCCUCGCGCAGCAACGACAACAACAGGCCGGAAACAGCAUGGCGUCACUGAAUGCAUUCGCCGUUACCGAACCGCCCGUCGAGUUCAAGGCCCCUUCUGCAGAUUCCGUCCCUUCAUCGUUACCGAGAAGUGAUUCACUUGCAGAUGAAGAUGAUCUUUUCGCACUGCCUCUAAGCCCUCGAAGUCCCGCUGGUACACAGACCGGAGGUUCUGCUUUCUCCUUUGCCAUCGACGACGUUGCAAGAUACAAGCAAUAA